AUGUAUGACGCUAAGAGCCUUUCAGCCUUCCUGGUCCUGCUACUGGCUGCUGGACCUGCCUCGGUUGUUUCCGUGCCUAUUGCUGCGGACCAAAACAUUGUCGCGAGACAGGUCAACAGCGAGGCUGAGGCAGGAUCUAAAUGGGAUAUCUCCAUCCCCGACGGACCCUCAUACAAAAGCGGCUCUCACGCAUUUUCCGACUACCAUGAAGGUCCUGGCAAAAACGGCGGCUCCAGCUCCUCAUCCGAAGCUGGCGCAAGCGAUAAUACGAUAGUUUCUAUUCCGGAUGGCCCCAGCGUUAACUUGGGAAGCUGGGCGCAUUCUAGCUAUGAGCAAGCUGAGCCUGAGCCUGAGCCUGAGCCCGAGCCUACCCCUACUCCUACUCCUACUCCUACUCCUAUUCCGCAAGAGCCCCAGCCUUCCCCUCCACCUUCUCAAGUCCCAGUCCAGCCCAUUCUGCCUCCAUCACCAACUCCCUUUGUCCCCACCCCUCCACUGACCACCGCGCCUGCCCCUGAACCCCCUGCUCCAUCACCCCCCGCUCCUGCUCCUGCUCCUCCUGCUCCUCCUGUCCCGGCUCCCCCGGCCCCGGUCGAGGAGCCUGAGCAGCCUGUUGAAGAGUGCCCAGCUCCCGAGCCUGAAACCCAGCCUGAGCCUCAGCCAGAACCUGAGCCCCAGCCAGUGGUAGUGCCGGAGCCCGUCUACACAUGCAAAUGCGCAGCAUAA